CUGCUUCUAAAACAUCCACUCCUACCACUUCACCUCUGGCUCCUUUAGCCUCUGCAGGUUGUCCUAUGGCUCCAUCUAUGGCUUGUCCCCCCGCAAAUGUUUCUGCUUCUGUGACCACUUUGGCAUUGGCCCCUGAAAUUCGCAAGUCUGUACACUUUCCUGCUCCUCCCCCAGCUGGGAUUUCUUUUUCCGGUGCAAAGAAAGUUGAUGGUGUUUCCUCUAUGGCAUCUUUGGCCUCCUCUCCUGAAGGGCACCCAGGAGACUCUGGUGCUUCUGUGUCUUUGAAAGGCACUCUGGUUUAUCCAACUGACUCCCCAUCUUCUUUAGAGACUGGUGUGUCUCCUCAGACUAAAAGGCCACCGUCUAAGAAGGGUUCUGCUAUCCCAGAUGUCUCUCCUGCAAACCUGUCAUCUCCUCUUUCUCCACCUGAGCUUGCCUUCCUUCCUGGGGCUAGUCUUUCUUUUCAAGGCCCUAAAGACUCACUUAAGCUUUCUCCUGUUUCUCCAUCCUCCAAAGGGGCCCCUGUUCCUUCAACUGUGACUCCUCCCUUCCCUGAAGGGGCCCUAGUGGAGACUUCUACAUCCCCCCAAAAGGUCCCAGCAGAAAUUACUCCUUCCCCCCUAAAGACCACAGAAGCUACAGCUUCCAAACUGGACUCUGUAAUCCAGCCUCCCAAAGUGGCCCCUAUUGUACCAGAUGUGAUUCCCACCUCUUCUAAAAAGACUCCAGUCCCCAAAGAUACUUCAGCAACCCUGUUGCUCCAAAGUGUCCCAGCUGUGACAUCUUUGUCUCCCCCAAAGGCCCCUGCAGCCCCAUCUCCUACUAGAGCCCCCAUUGCUCCAACUGAGAUUUCCCCUUCCCUCAAAAAUGCCCCAACAACUGCAACCCCCAAAGAAGCUUUAGCAACCUUAUCUCCCAAAGUUGCCACUGCUGUCCCAGGUUUGACUUCUCCCUCCCAAAAGACUCCAAUAUCAAUAUCCCCUAAGGAUGCCUCAGCUAUGCCUUCCAAAAAGGCACCAGAAAGUGUAGCUUCCAAAGUGUCAGCACCCCAGUUCCCCAGAGAGGCCCCACCUGCACCAGCUGCGGCUCCUCCCUCCCCACCAAAGUCUCCAGCAACUGAAGCAUUCGGUGAGGUUCUAACAAGCCCACCCUCCAAAGGUACCCCUCCUGUCUUAGCUGAGGGUCCUACCUCCCCUAAAAGGGCUCCCAAAACUGCAGCCCCCAAAGAAAUACCACCCGAAGGGGUCACAGCUACGCCACUAGAGAGUUCACCCUCCCCAAAAAAGAGCUCAAAAACUGUAGCCUCCAGUGAGAAUUCAACCUCGUCCAAAGGGUCCCCUAAGAUUGCAGCCCCCAAAGAAACUCCAACCCCUUCAGGCGGGGUCACCACUGUGGCACUGGAGAUUUCUCCCUCCAAAACUGGAGCCCCAAAAGAAGUUCCUGUGACCCCAUCUCUCAAAGGUGAACCUGCAACUCUAGCUCAGAGUCCUACCUCCCCUAAAAAGGCUCCCAAAACUACAGCACCCAAAGAAACUCCACCCGAAGGGGUCACAGCUGUGCCACUAGAGAUUUCUCCAUCCCCCAAAAAGUCCUCAAAAACUGUAGCCCCCAAGGAAAAUUCAGCAACUCCAUCCCAAAAAAAGUCCACAAAAACUGCAGCCCCCAAAGAAAUUUCAACCGCACCUUCUGAAGGGGUCACUGCUGCUCCAUUGGAGACUGCUCCUUCCCCCAAGAAGGCCCACAAAAUUGCAACCCAGAAAGAGGGGCCUGGGACCCCAUCUUCCAUAGGUGCCCCUAAUACCCUAGCUCAGAGUCCUGCCUCCCCUAAAAAGGCCCCUAAAACUGCAGCCCCCAAAGAAACCCCAGCAACCCCAUCUCCUGAAGGCAUCACAGCCGUGCCAGUGGAGAUCCCCCCCUCCCCUAAGAAGGCCCCCAAGACUGCAGCCCCUAAAGAAAAUUCAGCAGCAUCUUCCCAUAAAAAGGCUCCUAAAACUGCAGCCCCCAAAGGAACCCCAGCAACUCCAUCUCCUGAAGGCAUCACAGCCGUGCCAGUGGAGAUCCCCCCCUCCCCUAAGAAGGCCCCCAAGACUGCAGCCCCCAAAGAAAAUUCAGCAGCGUCAUCUCCCAAAAGGCCGCCCAAAACUGCAGCUCCCAAAGAAGCUCCAACAACCCCAUCUCUUGAAGGGGUCACAGCUGUUCCACUAGAGAUUUCUCCAUCCUCCAAAAAGUCCUCAAAAACUGCAGCCCCCAAAGGAGCUUCAACUCCAUCUUCUGAAGGGGUCACAAAUGCGACACAGGAGAGCCCUCCUUCCCCUGCUACCCUAGCUGAGAGUCCUGCCUCCCCUAAAAAGGCUCCCAAAACUGUAGUCCCCAAAGAAACCUCAGCAACACCAUCACCCCAAAGGGCUCCCAAAACGGCAGCCCCCAAAGAAACUCCGGCCAUGCCACUAGAGACUCCUCCCUCCCCCAAAAAGACCUCAAAAACUGCGACCCCCAAAGAAACCUCAGCGACGUCAUCCCCCCAAAGGGCCUCUAAAGCAGCAGCCCCAUCUUCUAAAGGGGCAACAGUUGCCCCACUGGAGACUCCUCCUUCCCCCAGAAAGACCCCUAAGCUGUCAGGACCCAAAGAAACACCCACAGUCCCAUCUCCCGAAGGGGUCACAGCUGGACCACUAGAGAUUUCUUCGUCUCCCAGAAAGGCCCCCAAAAUGGCAGGCCCUAAAGAAAUUCCAGCAAAACCAUCUCCCGAAGGAGUCACAGCUGUACCCCUGGAGAUUUCUCCUUCCUCCAAAAAGACCUCAAAAACUGCAGUCCCUAAAGAAAAUGCAGCAGUAUCGUGCCCAAAAAAGUCCCCCAAAGCUGCAGCACCCAAAGAAACUUCAACCCCAUCUCUUGAAGGGGUCACUAGUACUCCACUGGAGACUGCUCCCUUUCCCCAAAAGGCCCCUAAGAUGGCAGGACCCAAAGAAGCACCAGCAGUAUCUGGGGUCACCAUUGCACCACAGGAAAACCCUCCCACCCCACAGAAGCCCUCAGCCUCUGCAGCCUCCAGAGCCCUCCCUGCUGACAGGCAGGGGGUUGCUGGCUCCCCCAGGGAGACUCCAGUAACCACGCCUGCUCCCCCAGUCAAGAACCCUUCCCCUCAUAAAAAGGCCCCAAUGCCUGUAGCUCUUAAAGAAGCUCCAGCAGCGCCGUCUCCCGGUGCUGCCCCUGCUGUGAUUCCUCCCUCUCCCUCAAAGACUCCCAAAACACCAUCGUCCAAAAAGGCACUCAAGAAUUCAGCCCCCAAAGAGAGUCCGGCAAGUCCCUCCCUUGACGUUGCCACCACCUCCCUGCCAGAGAUGGCUCCCUCUCCGCCAAAGGCCCCCGCAGCCCUGUCUCCUGCAGGUGCUUCCACUGCCCCAGCUGUGGCUCCCCUUUCCCCCAGUCCCCCCAGUAAGACCCCAGCUCCCACAUCUCCUGAAAGGACCCCCAUUGUCCCAGCUCCUAAAAAGGCCCCAGCAACGGAGACUUCCAAAGAGAUUUCAACAGCUCUAUCUCCCAAAGGGGCCCCUGCUAUCUCUUCUGUGGCUUCUGUCUUCCCCAAAGAGGUACCGACAUCCUCAUCUUCCCAGAGGGCUCCAGCCCCCAAGGAGACCUCAGCAACUUCAACCUCCAAAGGAGUUCUUGCCCCCGCCAUUAACGCUCCUUCAGCUCCAAAAGAGGCCCCACCCUCCAAAAGGCCCUCUACUCUCCCAGCUAUGAGUCUCCCCUCUAAAGCGGUCUCCAUUCUCUCCUCCAUCACUUCUUCCUCCCCCAAAGACUCCCCUACUCCCCCAGCCUCUGUCACAGGUAGCACAGGGACUGUUGGCCCUCAGGCAUCUGAAACGCUCCCAGCCAAGAAAGACCCUCCAGCUCUCAAAGAGGUACUGGCUGCCCCCACUCCAGAAAGUGCUCUGGUCAGCACUGCUCCCCUUCAGAAAGGCCCAAGAGCCAAGAAGAACUCUGCUUCCCCUAAGUGCUCAGAUCCCUCUGCUAAGAAAGAUACAAAGGGCCUCCUUUCUGCAGUAGCUCCAGCCCCUCUGACAGUCCCUGUGGAGAAAGACUCGUCAAAAACUUCAAAAGCUCUGCCUGUUUUCCCUGCAAAAGACAAUGAUUGUCUCCAUUCCCCAAAGAGUCCUGUGGAUGCUUCUCCUGAGUCUCAGAUCACUCCCCCUCUGGCAGCAGUUACUUCUGACAAAGCCCUCCCUGAAGCUGGGUCAGCAGCAUCUGGGGCUCCAAAGCCUACCCCACCAGCCUCCCUGACUCUUGCUCCCUCCCCAGUUCCCCCUCUGCUUCCUAAACAGCCAUUUCUUCAGUCCUCACCUGGGUCGGUGCUGGAAUCAUCCUCUAAGCUCCCAGCCCCUGCUGAUGAGGAUGAGCUGCCGCCUCUGAUUCCCCCGGAAGCAGUCUCUGGGGGAGUGCCUUUCCAGCCGGUCCUCGUCAACAUGCCCACCCCUAAACCUGCUGGGAUCCCUGCCCCAGCCCCCUCUGCCAAGCAGCCUGUUCUGAAGAACAACACGGGGUCAGGAACAGAAUCCGACAGUGAUGAAUCAGUACCAGAGCUCGAGGAACAAGACUCCACACAGACAACCACACAACAAGCCCAGCUGGCUGCAGCAGCUGAAAUCGAUGAAGAACCUGUCAGUAAAGCAAAACAGAGUCGGAGUGAGAAGAAGGCAAGGAAGGCUAUGUCCAAACUGGGUCUUCGACAGGUUACAGGGGUUACUAGAGUCACUAUCCGGAAAUCUAAAAAUAUCCUCUUUGUCAUCACAAAACCAGAUGUCUACAAGAGCCCAGCUUCAGACACCUACAUAGUUUUUGGAGAAGCCAAGAUUGAAGAUUUGUCUCAGCAAGCACAGUUAGCAGCUGCUGAGAAGUUCAAGGUUCAAGGUGAAGCUGUUUCAAACAUUCAGGAAAAUACUCAGACUCCGACUGUACAAGAGGAGAGUGAGGAGGAAGAGGUUGAUGAGACAGGUGUGGAGGUUAAGGACAUAGAACUGGUCAUGUCACAAGCAAAUGUGUCACGAGCAAAGGCGGUCCGAGCCCUGAAAAACAACAGUAAUGAUAUUGUAAAUGCUAUUAUGGAAUUAACAAUGUAACUAUUUGACUGCAAGGACACUUCCAUUCUCUGCCUCCCCCCUCCCUUUUUUGGUGUUUCGAAAGUGGAACUACAGCUUGGUUUGAAAUUUGUACUGUUUCUAUCACUAAUAAAGCUAUGGCUUCUUGUUGGAUGAACUCA